AUCGUCGCGGAGAACUGCGCAGUCAGAAUCAACUAUAAUUCGAAGCGAGAGGAUCGUGCAACGUUCCAAGCUACUAUCGAACGACUUUAUAUUAUUUUAAACGAACGAUUAUUUCUUCUUGUGAGUGAUUUCUAAAAGUAAAGGAUUCUUAACGAGAGAUCAAUCGCAUCGACAUGGCACUAAUAACGAGAGAUCUUUUCCGCAACUGGUGGGAGGACAUGGAUCGUUAUCAUCGGGAACUGGAAGAGCAUUUCAAACGUCUUAGCACCAGGGACGAUUUUCUAUCGCCGAUACCAUCUUUCAACGAGUUCUUCCGGCCGUGGAGGAACAUGAUGGAACAAUUGGAACAUCAAGUUGGUGGUUCGACCACGGUUGAGCGGGACCAAAACAAAUAUCAGGUGGUCGUCGACGUGCAGCAAUUCGCGCCAGAGGAGAUAACUGUCAGGACAGACGACAAAUGUAUCACCAUUGAGGGUAAACACGAAGAGAAGAAGGAUGAACAUGGCUACGUAUCGAGGCAUUUCGUGCGUAGAUACAUGUUACCACAGGGAUAUGACAUCGGCCACGUUAAACCGAGCUUGUCCUCCGAUGGCAUUCUCACGAUCACUGCUCCAAAACUUGCCAUGCCAGCACCCGGUGAAAGAAUCGUGCCGAUCGAACGAAGCAGAGCGCCAGCAAUCAAGGCAAUAUAAUAUGUAAACGAUGUUAUCUGUGCUUUUCUCCUUAAUCGAUACUAAUACAUUAGAUGUUCACUAUGAAACUUUUUUUCUGAAAAGUUAAAAAAAAUUUAUCUUGUUUAUCUUCAAACACGCCCGAUUUAUAUCUGUGUAAUUUGAUUUAGUCAUAUAUAAAACAUACAUACACUUAACUAGUAAUUUAAUUACAUCAUUGAUUUAAUUCUUUAGAUAUAUAAAAUUAUAUUACGAACAUGGUGAAAGAACUAGAGAGAUGUUUAACUAAAACAUUUAAUGUAAUAUGUAUACCGUGAAUUUUGAUCAAUCAUGUCAUUUUAAUUGGAAUCUUUUUUAAUUUCCUUUUUUACUAAAGUCUUGUAUUAAAAUCAUUUGAACUAUAUUUCUAAUAUUGUAUGAUUCAAUAUUGCGAAAUUCAAUUAUACAAUUAUUGAACUUGUAACUAUGAUUUAAUAUAUACGCUAUUGUACCUUUUAUUAUUAUUAGUUUAUUUUUCAAUAAAUAAACGUUAAAUACUGAAAUAA